AAUUUCAGACAGCAGUUUCUGUUACUGGGGGGGACUGGGAGGAGUCCCCCUGCGCCACUCGGACGGUGGAGUUCGCAGAAAGAGGCUUCCCGACAGUGGGGACGUCGCUGCUGAGAAUUCUGGAGCUUUCGUGUACCCCGCCUCCGUUGUGUGUCUCCAGCACCAGAAAAGACCUAGUAGGGCUGACAGCAAGCUAUCCCACUCCUGGGGACAAGAUUGGCCGACAUCUGCUUCUGUGUGUCAAGUGCUCUUUUGGCCAGUGCAAUGGACGUCAAGAGAGAGUUCCGGAAAGCAGGCAAGAUGGGGAAUGCCAAGAGCCUGUCGGGCCAGAAGAUGAGCUCAAGGUUCUUGCCCGAGGAGCAGGCUGAAGUGGAUAAGCUGUUUGAUGCCCUGUCAUCUAGUGAUGGUGGUAUGGCAAUGGGGACAUUCUCUCUGGAGGCGCUGAAGAGCCACGUCAAGGAGGCUCUUCCCCCAGCCAUGGUCACCAGACUCUACAACGGCAUGUGGAGGGUGAAGCCGACCGACAGGGCCCACGGGAGCUGCAGUAGCGUUUCCAGGGAACAGUUCACAGUAUUCCUGUCCCACCUGUUGAAAGGGAGCUGUGAGGAGAAGGGCCUUAUGGUUAUGAAAAUGAUCUCAGUUGCAGAGGGUCCUACGAAGACCAGAGAUGUCCAGAAGUUCACAGAGGACCUGGUGGCCUCUGUGGUACACGUGCUGACCCACCGGCAUGAGCUUCGAGGCUGGACCUGGAGGAAAUCCACAGUGCCCCACGAUAGUAUGCAGGCCAUGGUCGCCCAGCUGCUCUCAGAGAUGAAGUUUCAAGAUGGCCAGAAGGUUCUGGGCCCUCAGUGCCUGGACCAGGUGUGCGACCAAGCCCUGAUCGAGGAGUGGGUGUUCCAUGUCCCUUGCGUGGGCGUGUUUCUGAGCGUGGUCAUCCACAGGGGCCUGUGCCUCCUGGCCUCAUCCUUUGACCUCUCCACGCUGGUCCCUGAGUGCCACGUGGACCGAGGGAGGCCGUCUGAGAGCAUCCUGGAUGUGCUGUCCGUCAUCUACCUCAGCUCCCACCUGGCAGUGGAACACCGGCAGUGCUGGCGCCUGCUGUUCUCCACGCAGCUCCACGGACAGAGCUUCUCCCAGCUCUGCAGCCUCAUCACGAGCCAGGGGCCCAGCCUGAUCGUCCUUGAGGACAGGGAUGGCUAUGUCUUCGGUGGCUUUGCCUCCUGCUCCUGGGAAGUCAAGCCUCAGUUCCAAGGGGACAGCAAGUGCUUCCUGUUCUCCAUUGCUCCCAGAAUGGCCACGUACACGCCCACCGGCUACAACAACCACUUCAUGUACUUGAAUUACGGGCAGCAGACCAUGCCCAACGGACUGGGCAUGGGUGGGCAGCACCAUUACUUUGGGCUUUGGGUGGCUGCUGAUUUUGGGAAAGGACACAGCAAGGCCAAGCCGGCGUGUACCACCUACAGCAGCCCACAGCUGUCUGCCCAGGAGGACUUCCAGUUUGAGAAGAUGGAGGUGUGGGGACUUGGCAACCUCUCAGAGAAAGAUCAGGGCACGAACAAGAAGAGCAUCCUGGACUCAAAUCCUGACGCCCGGAGCCUGUUGGAGAUCAGUGGACGGACUCGGCACAGCGAGGGACUGCGGGAAGUCCCCAAGGAUGAGGACUGAAGGUCCUGGACAGUUUCCCGGGGCAGGGGCAGGGACUCCCGCAGGGAUGCAGGGCAGACUCCUCGCUGCUGGGGGAGCAGAGAGAACUCUUCUUACCUCUGUCCUCACUCCUGCUUAGCCUUAACACAGCCAUAUGGUUACACCCAGGUCAUCAUGGACAUAAUCAAAACACAGCUAUGCGAAGAAAUGCCCCUCUGAAGCCAUAACUGAUGGGUGUUGCCUCCCAGGGGCCCUGAGUGCAGGUUAGAACCUUGGCCUUAAACGUUUGUCUUCUGUCUUUUGUCCAUGGCAUCCAAAGACAAAGAGGCUGGGACUGGAGGUCUGCAGUUGGGGGCACAUUCUUGCCUUGUGAGGGGGCACCAUGCCUGGCCUUUGCUCUGAGGUCCCUGUAAGUGCCCCGAUGGCCCAUCGUGAGCAGAAAGACAGGAGUGCUUAGAUGAGCAUCUUGGUACUCUGUGAGAAUACCCCCACACACCCCCAGCAUGGAAUUUGUGGGUUUGUAGCUGAAGAUCUGAAGGAAAUGGCUCUGGGGCAGGUCCUCAGAGUGGGCUAGCCAUGGGGUCCCAUCUAGCUUUCUCAACACUUUUAAAGUGAAUCUGACGAACAAGUGGGGAAACCCACUAUUUACCCAGAGACCAAACCUUUACCGUGCUGCUAACCCAGAUAUGGGAUCUGGGACCUUUGAGGGGACUUGAAGCCUGUGUGCUUUCCUAAUGUGUGCAUAAGAGCCACCCAUCCCAGAUGUCAGUGGUGGGUGAUGUCCAGCCCUGGCUGGGAGUAUCAGCCUCUAGGAGCCUUCUCUGAGGUCACAGCCCAGGGUUUCUCAGGAGGAGGAUGGGCCAUGGGACAGCAUAGGCUCACUUCAGACAGGAGAUGACUCAGGUGGCCAGGCUGCCCAUCACACCGGGCGCCCAGCUCCACCCACCAAGAGGAGCUGUGGGUCCCUGAGACUUCUACGUCUUGUUCGUCUUUUGUUGCAAACUUCAACCUCUAUGGAUCUGACACAGUUUCACUUUUGCAUACACAGUUUGCCUCAAUCAAAAGCCACAGUAAAGUCGGCUAUGCACGCAUUUUUCCCGUUUUGUAUUUUUGCCCAGGAAGCUCCUGGAAUUUUCCAGGUAACAACCUUGAGCAUGACGGAAAGUCUGAGGCAAGACUUUCCCACGAAAGUACCACUUCUGUGCACGGAGGGGUUGGUGAGCGGUGCUGACGAGGCCUGGGCCACUUUGGUUUUCUUGGCAAGAAGACCGUUGUCAGUGGUAUGUGGGAUAGAGAGAAAACACUAGAAUCUCCAGAGAACCCCUGUGUAACUUCACAGAAUUGGGUCACUGUGCUACUGAGUGUUUUUUGUUUUGCCCCCCCAUCCCCAUCCCCCAGGAGACAGGGUUUCUUUGUGUAGCCCUGGCUCUCCUCCAACAAGCCAGCCUCCAACUCAGAGAUGCACUUGCCCCUGCCUCCCAAGUGCAGGGAUUAGAGGUGUGCACGACCACUGCCUGGGAAGUGGGAAGUGUUUUUCUGUUUGUUUUAAAUAAAAAUGCAGUCAUGUCUUUCA